AUGUCAUCUCUGGCAACCACAAAUAAACAGGAUAGUACUGGCGGCGAUUGUAACAUUAACAACAGUCAAACAAGGUUAGGCUCAGUUCAAGAAACAGCGGAGAAAUUCAUCCAACAGUCGGGUAAAGGAAAAGAGAGGGAGUUAGUGGUCGGAGGUGGCGAGGGGAAUGACUACGACAUGAUUAUGUCGGCGGCCUCUGACGAGAACAGGAGGUCAAGAGAAUCGUCAAGCUCUAGUAACGAGAACGAAAGGGAAAUGGACGAAUCUAGCAACGACGCGAGUAACACUAGCAGUAGCGACUCGAGCUCAAAAAAAAGUAAAAUUUCCUCGUCUACAACGGACGCUUGGUUCCAAGAAUUUAACUCCAACGUCAAAGAAUUAAAUCAGUCAUUUGACGAAGACGACAGUGAAACUCCCUACUCUGUAAAUCCAUUUCAAAAAUCUCAUCCCCCAUCACAAUCAAUCAUCUCAAAGCAUCAUUCACACGCGCAAACUAAUCAUCCUCAUCGUGUUGCUUCUGGACGCGACAACGUUAGCUCAACGAGACAUGGUGCGCAUCACGCACAAGAUAACACGUCGGCCGCUAGCGAUUCGUAUCGAUCCGUGAUUGACGAUCUAACCUUAAAAAAUCAAAGACUACGACAAAAAUUACGAAAGUUGGAAAGACUCAACGAGAAAUCUUUGCACAAGGAAAAAUUAUUCGAAGUCCGAUACUUUCAGAUGCCUAGACAUAAACGUCAAGAAUUAGAAGAGUACCUUAAAGAUUUCGCAGCUCAACUUCCGACACCGCCACCAAGCGGAGCAACCUCAUCAAGCAACAGCACUUCGCGAACAUCAUCUGCGCCACCAUGGGUGUUAGACAAUGUCCAAGUAAAAGGAAGCAAUAAAGCCAAAAUGAAACAAGUUGUACAAGCGAUCGAAAAAGUGUUCACCACGAAACCUUUGGGCGAUGAUCACUAUCUAAAAGAUCAAGAAGAAGCAGAUCCGGAUGGUUAUGUGUAUCUUAAUUUAUUAACGAACAUGGCACAAUUACACACAAUGAAUGUAACAUUACCAUUCAUCAAACAAUCGAUUCGAACAUUUUCAAAUUGUUUGGAGUUGAGUGAUGACGGAACGAAAGUCCGAUGGCGAAGUGGUAUUGAUCCGAGUAAUCGAGCCAGGAGGUUGCGGGUUAGCAGUAAUGAAAGUGGGAGCGGAAGUGGUAGUGGGAGUGGUGAUAGUGCUGAGAACGUGUCUGCUGGCAGUGAAACGGCCCAGAACGCUGUAACGUCCACACAGUUUCCUCAAUCGCCCUCUGAACGAUCUUCCAACGCUACCUCAUCAUCUUCACGUCACACAGCUAAUUCAAAUAUUAUUGCGGGAAAAUCAUCAUCAUCAUCUGGAUCAAAACCAAGUCAUCAAGAUACACACACUACCGUCGGAUCUUCAAAUUCAUCUUCGAUAGCUCAUUAUCGUCCAAUGUUCCCCCACCGAAACAACACCUCCUCAUCAUCCUCAUCUUCCGAUGAAAAUAAUAGUAGUGGGGUUGAACAACCGCAAGAAGGUCCCAUAAUUUAUUAUGAAGGUGGCGUAUUUUGUACUGAUUUGAGUCGUGUUGACGUAGAUUUUAGCGACAAAUUUCCAUCCAUGUCUCCGGAUUCUUCGGAAAUGGAAAAUUCUACGGCUAAUGGGUCACGUAAAGAAUCCUCCAAUGUUAGGGAAAAACGGCCCGCAUUACGGUAUGAGCGAGGAACCAAUAUUGUUUUGGGCUCUAAUCCACAGAUUCUGGCGGAUGAUUUAGCAGAAGAGGAGACUAGUAGUGGACAAGAGGCGGACGAUGAAGAUUCGGCACAGCCGGUGUUAAUAUCUGAUGACUCGAAAACACAAUUGAAAAUCAUUGAGGAGAUUGACGGUGACGAUGUGAAUGGCACUGGAAACAACAGCAGCAGCGACAACAGAAAAAAAGUUAAAACGGAAAGUACUCUAGGUGCUUUAUCGUCAUUUACAGAGAAUACGGGAGAUGAAGACAGUUCAAAUGGUGGGAGUGGUCGAGUUUCUAUUACUCCUUCACCUUCCAAUGAAGAUUCUUCACGUCUAAAAAUUCCAAUUACUCAAAUGUUAGCUACUUCUGGCGCUUCAGGAGUUGUACCAGAGGAUAAUUUUACUGUCGUCGUGAAAACAUCACAUCCUUGGUCAUUUAAUAAUAAAUCGCAAUCUCCUCGUCGUCAUAAAUCCUUUACUAGUCCAUCGGGAAUGAUUAAAGAAAUGAAUAUCAAUGAUAAUGAUGAUGGCAGUGGUAUUGUUGGCACCAAUGGCCAUUCAUCUAGCAAACCACCACAUACCAUUAGACAAAAAAAUCAAAAAAAUCGUGAUUUAAAACGACAACAUUCUGUCGUCUCAACUGAACUAAUUCGUCUCCCACCUUCACUUGCACCUCAGAUAACACCGUCCCCCCUAGCGGUAGAAUCGCGCAGAACAUCAUAUACCAACCUAUCAGCGUUAGGAUCAUCAGAAAAUGGCGGAUCGUCGGGCUAUGGAUCAUCGUCGUCGUCACAAGCCUUCUCAGAAAUGUCCUAUGAUCCGACUUAUGUCCUAAAAAACAACACAAUUCUAGCCCUUUCACGAAAUCGACGAGAAUCUUCACCCGAAAAUGAAGUCCAAGAUAUGGAGCUCGAUUCUCCGUCUAGUGACUCUUCUGCGCACGAGUUAUGCAUUAAUCUGGAUGCGGAAGAGGAAGAACAUGACAAUGACGAAAAUAAUGCGAGUGAAAUGCAAUCGAGGUUACGAAAUAGUCAGGAACCAACGAUACAAGCUCAGGAUGGAUAUUAUCAUUAUCACAAAAAUAAAAUAGAGGAGAGUCAAUUAGGUGUUAAUUUACGGUUACAAGAGGAAGCAACUAAAGAGCGACGGAAACUGGCGACCGUGAUAGAUAAUGCUCCAGAAGCACAAAGUGUAAGACAUCUCAAUAAUAUUGUAGCUGAAAGUCGUGCAUUAAUACAAACAUUACCGAACAAUGGUGAACAAAAUAAAUAUCAUGAUCAUCCGCAUAUAAACAAUUCAUUUACUUUUAGCAAAAAUGAACCACCACCGCCAGAAACUCACCUCAAUUCGAAUCCAGAAAGGAGUGAAACAAGUGAAACAAUAGAAGCUAUGCGUUCACUUGCUCAAAAGCGAUUACAGGAUUUAAUGAAUGCCUCGGCACAACUGAAGCAAGAAGCAUCAAAACAAAAUUGGAAUGCGUUAACACAAUCUCAUCAACAACAGGUCAACAACAAUUCGGCUACGCAAAUUCAGCAGUCACAAACACAAGGAUCAUCAAUGACUAUAAAUUUUUCUGUGCAUAUUCAGCAAUUGCAGCAAUUGCAACAAUUGCAGCAACAAGGUUUGAAUACAUUACAACAACAAAAUUGGAACGAAACGAUGCAA